AUGAGAGCCAUGAUUGCCUGCUGCUUGGUGUCGACGGCGCUGGCCGCAGUCCUUUGGGAAGAGGACUUUAACAGUUUCGAUACCAGUAAGUGGAAUUAUGACCUCGGCAACGGCGAUGGUGGAUGGGGAAAUGCGGAGUUGGAGUGCUAUACGAACAGUACCAACAAUGUGAGAGUGGAAAAUGGGCACUUGGUGAUUGAGGCAAGAAGAGAGGACGUUGGUGGAUGCUCUUUCACUUCCGGAAAAAUCCAUACUCGCGGAAAGUUUGACUUUAAGUAAGUCAGGGCGCAGCUCGCCGGGUUUGAAGGAUAUUUGAUACAAAAUUUUAAAACCUUGAUUUUCUUCAACUUACUACGCCAUAUAGAAAGAUAUUCGACGACCACAAUUGUUCAAUUGUCGACUAUGGGGUUAGCCAGGGCGCAGCUUGCCAACAAAGAGAUCCGCCAAGAAUUUUUAAGAUUUGAUUUUGUUAGUUCCAAAAGACGUAGAAAAAGAAAUUCCACAACCAAAUUUUUUUUAUUGUCGACUACGGAGUUAACCCAGGGCGCAGCUCGCCGUCCAAAAAAUCCGUUUAGAUCGUGCCUUAUAUCACUAAAAAGAUCAAGAAGCUUGUAUUUAUAACCUAUAAGUCUAUUUUGAACCAAAAUCCGUUCUAAAACAUUAUUUUUGCUAAGAUGAGGGCGCAGCUCGCCAAAUAAAAUCUUUGCCAACAAAAUCAUUCUUGUUUUGCCUCCAGCCCAGGAAGCUGGAAUUGCAAAGCUUGAUGACAAAAUUUCAAUUACCCUUCCACUCCCUCUAGAUACGGUACCAUCGAAGCCAUGAUCAAGCUGCCCAACCUGGCCAACGGCCUAUGGCCCGCUUUCUGGAUGCUCGGCGCCGAAUCCAACACCUGGCCCGACCAAGGAGAGAUUGACAUCCUCGAAUCCGGCGUCGCUGACGCUAUUUCCUCCGGUAAUGUGAACAAAGAGGUCCUCGGCACUUUCCACUGGAGCAACAACGGCCAGUACGCUGCAUACGGAACCAAUUACGUCGCUCCCAGCGACUUGACCAACGACUUCCAUUGCUACAAACUUACCUGGAACGAAACGGAGAUCCGAAUGUUCGUGGACGGAAACCAAUUCAUGGUCUUCGACAUCACUCCAUUGCCCGUCUUCCAAAAGAAUUUCUAUGUCAUCUUGAACUUGGCUGUUGGCGGAAACUUCCCCAAUAUUCAUGAUGCUGCAUCUGUUACCGCGCCAUUGCCAGCUCAGAUGUUGGUCGACUACAUCAAGAUCACUCAGUAA